CCGACAUGGCCGGGAAAACCGCGCAAGACAAAGGCGCGAAAGGAGGGAAGGGGAAGAAAGACGGCAAGAGCGGAGUAGACCCGAGGUCCUUGAAGGAGGAGUCGGAGGCCGAAAGGGCCAAAGCCGCAGCGGCGCUAUGGGAGGCCAGGUUGGAGGUAACGGAGAUCUCCCGCAAAGAGUACCGCGAGGCUGCUCGCCGCCUCGCCCGGGACAACGAACAGCUGGAACGGCAGCAGCGGCGGCUGGAGAAAGAUACGGUCGACGUGAUGUCCUGCCUCAAGAAACAAGAGGCGGAAAAGGAAGACUUGAUUGAGAAGUUGAAACAGCAGGUGAAUGAAUUGAAGCUCAGAGCCAAAGAAGAAAGUGAACAAGCGGCAGAACUAUUUGCCAAACAGUUAGAAGAGUUGGAGGAGAAAUUUCAUGGAAAGGCUAAGGAAAUUGGUCUAAUUCAGAUUGAACUUAAGAUGAUCAAAGAAUUUCGCAAAAAGAAAGCGCUUUUGGAGAAAGAAUUAGAAGAUCUGAAAGAUACCUUGGAUAUCACAAAAAGAGAACAUCAGGAAACUAUUAGUAUGUUGGAGAAAAAGUUCAUUGAAGAAAAGCAACGGCUGGAAAGAGAAGCAGAGAAGAAGAUUAUAAUGCUGGCUGAAAGAGCCCAUCAUGAAGCCAUUGCGCAGUUGGAUAAUGCUGGACGAGCAGUUUUUACAGAGAAUGUUCGUCUUCAAGAGGCUCUGGCUUAUCACAUGAAAGAGACAGAAGAGUUAAAAAAUAUCAAGGAAAAAUUGGAAGAGAGCAAUGCCUUCCACUUGCAGGAAAAGGAAACCAAAGACCUUAUGAUUAAGGAGAAGAUUCUACAAAUUACUCAGCAGAAAACACUAAUCCAGGAGCUUCAAAACAAGGUUAAAAAACUAGAAGAAGCAGUUAAUUAUAUGGCUGCAGAAUUUAAAAUAGAAAUAAAAAAAACAGAAGAGAAGGCUUUGGUACAGAAUCAAGCAGCUUGGACAGAAAUUGAAAAGCUGGAGCAGCUGCUGAAAAUGAAAGAAAGAGAAAUGAGUAGAGUGAAGAAAUUAGCCAGGAACAUCUUGAAUGAAAGGACAGAAGUGGAGAAAUUCUUCUUAGAUGCUCUGGAGCAAGUCAAACAAGAGAUUAUAAGCAGCAGGAAGUGUUACAAGCAGGUGGCCCAAGUCGCCUAUCAAAGGAAAAUGAUGGCAGCAUUUGCAGGGAAAGAGGAAUACCCCAAAAUCAGAACAUUUAAUGACAGUGCAUAUAGCACAAAUAGUGUGCAAAUGGACCUUUUGGAAGCAGAGAAAUGGACAAAUAUUCAGAAGGGGAAGGUGGACAUUUCUGAACUGACCUGGGAGCAGAAGGAAAGAGUAUUGAGGUUACUGUUUGCAAAAAUGAAUGGCUUAAAACACCGGAAACAUAGCCACGUUUUGGUUCCAGUAACACCAAGCAAUUUUAAUUUUGCAGAAACAAAAGCAUCUGAAGAUGCUGCUGUUCCUGUCUAUGCUUUCAUCACUCAACAGGCACCAUUAUCUGAAUCAUCUCAUAAAUCAUCACCCCUCCCAGAUAUUCAGCUUAUACCACCUGAGUAGAUUAGCAUGGAUGCUAAUCACAAACUCACUGAAAUUAUAAUUAUUCUUUUCUUAACAUUUAACCACCUCAGAAGUGUAAGGUUACUCAUGCUGUAGCAAUGAAAUCACUGUUUUUGUGUGUUAUAAUCUGGCUUUACAUCAGGUCAUCUUGAAAGAUAACAUAAUUGCUUCUUUAAAGAAAUAACUGAUGGCUUUCUUCAAAAAGUAGACACCUACACAUUAAUUCAUUAUCUUAAGAAGUUAUUUGAAGGGUUUUGUAUUCUUGAAUAAAAUUGAUUAAAAUAUAUUCACAAGUA